AUGAAGUACCAUACCCUAACUCUCCUGGCCUUGAACCAGAAUACAGGCAUUGCCUGUAACUGGACAAGUGCUGCAAAAGAUUGCAAUCUCCUGCGCCAUAAGAAGGAUACAAGGCCAGUUCUAUCUGAGAAUCCAUCAAACGGAUUAACAGAAUCAAAGACUGCCGACUCCCUGUCGCGCCGACCGACAGAAAAGUUGAUUUCCAAAGCUCAUUUGCGUCACCGACCGCGACCGACCGGUAAACAUCCACCCAUUACCUCUUUCACAGCAAACCCGGGCUUUGCGCAGUUUCUUCGCGAGUAUUCCUCUCCGAAACAUCACAGAGUGACGGCUGGCGGCAGGAUUGUUCCCAUGCAGCCUGUAAACCGAACCAUGUCUGCUGAAGGCCUGGAAAACACCGACAGCCAGGGAGGCCCCCAAAACAUCAAUAUGCAGCAGGCUCUCCAAGGCUACAUGAAUGUUCCAUCCAGUCAACAAGGCUGGCACCCGUUAGUCCCUCUUGCCCAUCAAAUCCAGAAUCUGCAAUAUCAGGGAAGCAACCUCAACCCGCCUAAUCCGCAUCCUUCAUUCAACCUGUAUUACUCUGUUGAAAGUGCAGCCCACGAUUCUGAGACUGUACUUCAGAGCAAUGACAAUUUGUUCACCAUGAAUUCUGCCAACCAAGCUGGACUGGUAUUUUGGAACACCCCCCAAACAGGCCCAAUAGCCACACCAGACACCAUGGCACAUCUCACUGCAAGAAUUAUGGAUGAGAUUGAAAGCUCAAUGGUCAAUAUUGAGCAAAUGCGUUCCCUUCAUUUGAAUCUGGUUCAACGCCGUCUGAAUGUUCAGGAAGCCCUGGACCAAGCGAACAUAGCUAUUGCCUGGACUCAGGUCACCCAACCAAUCCAGCGAGAUCUUCGUAUCACAUACAUCAAUAUGAGGAAUAUUUUUGAUGAAGCCAUUGGCAUUCUUGAAAGCCGCAUUCAGCUCAUCUAUGCCAGUACCAUGCCAGCUCAUUAUGGCGUUGGUCAACCCACUGGUGCUGACAUGAAUCCUCAUGCAGGGGGCAUUUUCGUGAAUCCAGCUGCAAAUGAGCAGACUCAAAUGAACUGGGAAUAUUCGAGCAGCAGUGGUGUCUCUGUGGCACAUAUUGAACGUGCAGCUGCGGAGCCCCAGGCUAAUACUACCAACGAGGUGCAGUACAAUGAUGAUGAUACGGCUUUCAUGGGUUCUUUACACCGACAAUGGGGCCACAGCAGUGGUAUCUCCGUGACGCAUAUUGAAUCUGCAGAUGUGGAGCCCCAGGCUAAUACUGCCAGCGAGAUGCAAUUCAUUAGCCUGCAUGAUGAUCAUUUGGCUAUCAUGGGUCAUUUACGCCAACAAUGGAGACCCAGCAGUGAUGUCUCUGUGACGCAUAUUGAAUAUGCAGAUACGGAGCCCCAGGCUAAUCCUGCCAAUGAGGUGCAGUUCGAUAGCCAGUAUGAUGAUUAUGAUACGGCUUCCAUGGGCUCUUUACGCCAACAAUGGAGACACAGCAGUGGUAUCUCUGUGACACAUAUUGAACAUGCAACUGUGGAGCCCCAGGCUGAUACUGCCAACGAGGUCCAGUUCGAUAGCCAGUACGAUGAUAAUACGGCUUUCAUGGGUUCUUCACGCCUAGACUGGAGCCCCAAACGAAACCUUCAAGUUGAUGAGCGUGAUUCGGAUAGCGAUAAUGAUCCUGAGCUGCAUAACUGCCAUGUUAACCAGCUCGAUGGUACUUGUUCCGAAGAUGAUGUGAGGCAUGCUUCUGAUGACGAACUCAGUCCUCGUCGAUCCUCCGGGUUUCAAAUCAACGAGGCGCAGAAUGAAGGACCGUCGCAAUUCUCUUGGUCGUCGUGGCCUGGUAAUUUCUUGGAGACACAUAAUGAUGCUCUGUUGGGUGUUGGUUCUGAUAUUGAACCCCAAUUGGAAGAAACUCAGCAAAAUUGGGGAAAGAACCCUAGCCCAGGGAGUUUAUUGGAGGGACCACUUGACUCGGACCAGCAUGAGGAUCACGAUGGUAACGAGACUGAAAGUGAGAGUGGUGGUGUCGACCCAAAACAGAACCCCCCACCCGCUUAG